GCUCUGGUACAGGCGCGCUCAGUGAGAUUUGGCGCUAGUGCCUUGAGGGGAAUAACUUUUUAAUGUCUUUUGACUUUUUAGUGAUUUUGUUUUACAUAUCUUGAUUAGCAUUUUAUGGAUAAUAAUGUCGGAUGAAGAACCGAAGGUCCCGGAGGAUCUCUUUAAAGAUGUUAAAUUUUACGUGGUCGGGGACAUUGACCAAAAGGUUGUCCAGCUGCUGAAAGCAGGGAAAGGCAAGGAGGUCUCAUACAAUGCCUUGGCUACACACAUUAUAGCAGAGGAUGGAGAUAACCCAGAGGUUGGGGAGUCACGAGAGGUCUUUGACCUUCCAGUUGUCAAGCCGUCUUGGGUGACUUUGUCUGUCAGAUGUGGAGACCUGCUACCAGUCACCGGUUUCUCCCCAGAGUCAGGACAAAUAUUCUUCGGUGUCACGGCAUGUCUACCUAAACUACCAGAUGAUCUGAACACUCUUUGGGCCUUGAUCACUUUUUAUGGUGGUGACUGUCAACUCAACCUAAACAAGAAGUGUACUCACCUGAUUGUUCCAGAGCCAAAAGGGGAAAAGUAUGAGGUUGCCCUGAAGCACAGCAGCGUCAAAAUCGUCACGCCGGAGUGGAUCACACACUCCGCAUUGGACAAGAGCAGGAAGGACGAGGCUCUGUACCACCCCCGGCUGACCUACCAGGAGGAGGAUGAGGAGAGCGAGUACGAGUCGCGCUCUGAGGGCAGCUACAGCCCUCCAGGUCGUAGGCGCCCAGGCCCCAGGUCCCGGAGAUCCAGCCCCUCAUCAAGAGAUGACUCCCCUGCUAGUGGCCGAGGAGGGACCUCGCCCAAAGCUGAGCGACGAGACGAACUCAUGUUUGAUGACUCGGAUGACUCUUCCACGGAGAAGGAGGAGCGGAACCUGAACUGGACCCCAGCGGAGAUGACCGGGCCGCCCCUGGGUCCCAAACGCAGACUGCAGCCAGUGAAGGACUCUGGCCUGAUCAACCUCUGUGCCAGUGUUCCCCCUGUGCCAGGCAGUGCAGGGCCAUCAGAAGCCCGGGCUGCCCUAGUACCCAGUGCUGCCCAGCCAGGGGCAGAGAGGACAGAGGGCAUGGCAGGCUGGAGCCCAGCGGCCAGGACACUACGGAACAUCACCAACAACUCUGACAUCCAGCAGACCACAAGGCCCCCCAAUGUUGCACACAUCCUACAGAGUCUCUCUGCCUCAACGAAGACAUUAGAGCAGCAGCAGCAAACGAACCAGGGCCAGCCCAACGCCCAACCCAACCCGCUCCUGUUCAACCAAGCGAAGCCCCAAGGUCAGCAGCAGCUCACAGCCGAAGCACAGCAGCAGUUACUGCAGCAGCAGUCUCAUCAGGUCCCCCAACAACAACAGCCACAACAACAGCCACAACAACAACAACCACAACAACAACACCCACCUCAGCAGCUGCCACAGCAGCAGCACCCCAUGCUGCAGCAUCUCCCACCACAGCAACUCAUGCAGUUGCACCACCAGCAACAACAACAACAGCAGCAGCAGCCACAGGUUCCUCAGCCAGGUUUCCCUCCUCAGUUGCCACAACAACAAGCACAUCAGUUCAUCCAGCAGCAGCCACAGCAACAGCAGAUCCACCAACAACAGAUCUUCACCCAGCAGCAACAACAACAACCACAACAUGCAUUCUCGCAGCAACAACUGCGACCGCAGCAGCUCUUGCGGCCACCAAUGCAGCAGCAGCAGCUCCAGCAGCAGCAGCAUGCUUUACAACAGCAGCUACAGCAGUUCCAGCAGCACAGGCUCCAGCAACAGCUGCAGCAGCAACAGCAGCAGCAGCAACAGCAGCAGAACCAGCAGCAACAGCAACUCCAUCAACAACACCUCCAACAGCAGCAGCAGCAGCAUUUCCUGCAGCAACAGAUGCAGCAGCAGCACAUGCAGCAGCUCCAGCAACAACAGCAGCAGCAGCAUCUGAAGAGCCAGCAGCAGUCGCUGCAGCAGCAUCCAAGCCAGCAGCCACUCCAGCAGCAGCAGCAGCAGCAGCAACAGCAGCAAGGGUCACUACAGCCUCAGCUCCAGCCGCCUCAAGUGCACCAGCUGUUUGGCCACGAGCCAGGACAGGAGAUUCCUGAAGAUGGCUUCUUGGUGGGCUGUGUGUUUGCUGUUGCUGACUACCCAGAGCAGAUGGCAGACAAGCAACUCCUUGCCACGUGGAAGAGAAUUAUCCAGGCCUAUGGUGGAAUUGUGGACUCCUCUCUCAACAACCGCUGCACUCACCUGCUCUGUGAAACUCAAGUUAGCAGCAUGUAUGUCCAGGCCCUACGGGAGGGGAGACGCUGUGUCACUGCCCACUGGCUUAACACAAUCCUGAAAAAAAAGAAGAUGGUUCCUCCCCACAGAACCCUACACCUCCCCUUCGCCUUCCCACCUGGAGCGAAGCCCUGCUCACAACACAUCAUCUCUGUGACUGGCUUUGUGGACUCAGACCGUGAUGACCUGAAGCUAAUGGCCUAUCUGGCAGGAGCCAGAUACACAGGCUACCUCUGUCGUAGCAACACCGUGCUCAUCUGUAAAGAGCCCAGUGGUCUGAAGUAUGAGAAGGCCAAGGAGUGGAGGAUCCCCUGCGUCAAUGCCCAGUGGCUCUGUGACAUCCUCCUGGGGAACUUUGAGGCUCUCCGGCAGAUCCAGCACAACAGAUACUCCAACUUCAACCUGCAGGAACCACUCAUCCCCAACCAGCAUCUGGUUCAGAACCUACUGGGUGCUUGGCGGGCUCCUGUGAAGGUUUCACCUGAUGCGUUGGCAGCAUUGCAGCUGCAACAGAAGCAGAGACAGUCUGAGUCAAACUCCCAGCCUCCAAAUAAGAAGCCAAGACUUGAGGAGAUUCAAUCCCCAACCAAGAAGCUUCCACCAGAGUCGACACCGUACAUUUUCUUUACUGGCUUUGAGCCAACACAGGUCCAACAAUUCAUGAAGAGGCUGCACAACCUUGGAGGGGAGAUUGCAGAGAGCGCUCAGAAGUGUACCCAUCUGGUGGCCAACAAGGUGACGAGGACGGUGAAGUUUCUCACAGCCAUGUCAAUCGUCAAGCACAUCGUCACCCCUGAGUGGUUAGAAGAGAGCUGGAAGAGCCAGAAGUUUGUCGAUGAGCAGAACUACAUGCUGAGAGAUGCAGAGGCAGAGGUGCUGUUUGGCUUCAGUCUGGAAGAGUCACUGAAGAGGGCCCACACUGCACCACUCUUCAAGGGCAAGUAUUUCUACAUUACCCCUGGGAUCUGUCCCAGCCUUAUCACUAUGAAAGCCAUUGUAGAGAGCGCAGGAGGCAAGGUGCUCCCCAAGCAGCCCUCCUUCCGCAAAAUAAUGGAGCACAAGCAGAACAAGAACCUUGCUGAGAUCAUUCUGAUAUCCUGUGAGAAUGAUCUUCAUCUCUGUAGAGAGUACUUCUUGAAGAACAUUGACACUCACAAUGCUGAGUUUAUAUUGACUGGUGUAUUGACACAGAAAAUGGAUUAUGAAUCGUAUAAAUUCACAUGAUGGCGAAGACAAGAAUGUGAAGAUGAGGAGGCAGCAAGGAAGGCUAAAUACAAGUUGCAAUGUACAGUCACACUACCCUUGAUAUUUUGCAAGAUUUUGUACACUGUGGAUAGAUAAUCGGUCGUUUUGUAGCUUUUUGUAACAACCGUUAAUAAUACAUACAUACAUUUAUGUUAUUUUUGUGGACUGAAUGUUUAAAUUAUGGAUUUUAACAUGUUUUAUUGUAUUGUCAAAAUGUUCCAGCAAUUAUUCAACACUUUUGGAAUAAAAUCAGAACUUUGUUGUCGAAAUGAAUCUGAGAAUUUUUUUGCAUUCUCGCAAAUUUCACUAUUUAGAUAUUCAUGGUACAGUGCCAAAACUCUGCCGAGAGGC